GAUGCGGGCGCGAUGGACAGCGGCGCGCUGCCCCGGUUCUUGGCCCCUUCGCCCCGCGUCCCCGGAGCCUGCACCGCUCGGAGGAGACCCGCGUCCCCGGAACUGCUGCGCUGCAGCCGGCGGCGCCGAUCGGGCGCGACCGAGUCUGGGGGCGGCUCGGCGGCGGUGGCGCGGCGCAACGAGCGCGAGCGCAACCGUGUGAAGUUGGUGAACUUGGGCUUCCAGGCACUGCGGCAGCACGUGCCGCACGGCGGCGCCAGCAAGAAGCUGAGCAAGGUGGAGACGCUGCGCUCCGCGGUGGAGUACAUUCGUGCGCUGCAGCGGCUGCUGGCCGAGCACGACGCGGUGCGCGCCGCCCUGGCCGGGGGGCUGCUGACCCCGGACACCCGGCCUUCCGCUGCGCGCGGGCCGCCAGCCGCCUCCCCCGCCGCCGCCGCCUCGCCCUCCUGCGCGUCCUCGUCCCCGGGCCGCGGGGGCAGCUCGGAGCCCGGCUCCCCGCGCUCCGCCUACUCCUCGGACGACAGCGGCUGCGAGGCCGAGCUGAGCCCGGCGGAGCGCGAGCUGCUGGACUUUUCCAGCUGGUUAGGGGGCUACUGAGAGCUGUCGUCCCACAAGCCGCUGCCCUGGACAUCCAGACACAAGCGAGUCCAUCUCCUGCGUGCCUCCUAACGGACCCGCCUUCUUGGAGCCUGGGCCUAGGGGACCCGGACUGACUGCAGCCUGACCAAGUGCCAAGUGCUGAUCUCUGCCUGCCAGGCCCGACAUGGAAUGGUAACAUCCACCUCGACACCCAUCAGUGGGACACUAGCGCGCGGAGAUUCCUCUGGAUUUUAUAGUGACACAGAAUCUAUUUUUUAUCCAUUGACUUGAACUGCUGGACAGACUCUUAAAUAUGAAGACUUAUUUUUGUACAAAGGAUCCUUUGGCUUGGAGCACAAUAAAGAUUGUCUCUGCCCCCUCCACCCCCACUAUCUGGAACUUUCCAACCUUGCCAAAGCGUGGACCAGGCAGGCCUUGAGGUGUGGCAAGGUACCAGACUGUACCCUUCCCUUCUGAAUCCCAGCCUGGUGCUGAUGUCUGAUACAGCCUGUGUGGGAAUCUGCUUUGGCAAAGUGUGCUACAUAAAGGUUGUUUUCCAGG